UCACAUCAGUGUUUCUGAAGCCUGAUUGGUGUUCUCCAACUUUACUAGAUAUCAGUAAUAGUCUCCCCCCCCCCUCUGUCCUCCUUCAGCUCCUGAAUAAGACGACUGAGUUCGAGGCGGCGGUGAGGCGCGUCCUGUCAGACGUGCGGCUGGACAACGACAUCGUGGUUUCUGUCUUUGAAACCAACAUCCGAGUCCUGGGAGGCCUGCUGGGGGGUCACUCCAUGGCCGUGAUGCUGAAGGAAGGCGGGCAGCACAUGCAGUGGUACCAGGACGAGCUCCUGCACAUGGCCAAAGACCUGGGGCUCCGCCUCCUGCCGGCGUUCAACACGAGCAGCGGCCUGCCGUAUCCCAGGGUCAACCUGAGGCACGGCGUGAGGGGUCCCGAGACGCGGACGGGCACAGAGACGGACACCUGCACGGCGUGCGCCGGAACCAUCAUCCUGGAGUUCGCCGCUCUCAGUCGCUUCACGGGAGACUCCAUAUUUGAGGUAACCUUCAAUCCAUGUGUUCAACCAGGCUAACGUCACCGAAGAGUUUCCCUGUCCGAUCAUGGAAGAGAAUAAACUUUAGAAAACUGCUUUGAUAGGAAAUGAAACU